UUCUCCGGGCACCGCCUCAACUCUUGGUUUGAAAUUCGAAAACGGACUUUAACGGUUCCACGAUGGAGACAGAACUGGUACAUCCCCUUCUAUGUAUUCCUAAGAAGUUCACGAACCUUGAAACCAACUGUGAGAUAUCCGAUAAUGUUUUCAUUGAGGUGAACAUCACGUCUCCUGACACUGAAGGUAAUGAAACUUGCAUUUACAAUGGCUUCUGUAAUAUCAAACUGGUAGGAGACUAUGAUGUGCAAUAUAAACCUCAGGAAGUGACCCUUGAAGACCAAGACAAUCAAAAUAUAUCCAUAAUCAUAACGGAAAAGCCAACUACUCCAUAUGACUCUCAAGUGUGGAUAGAUCCAGCUACAAGUCCAUAUGUUUAUAAUCGGUAUGAUGGAACCGGAACACAGGAAUACUCAGUGUGUACUCAAACAAGGACUAGCCAUAUUAUGUUUGAACAACAUAACACAUACAUAACAAAAAAUGUAUAUAAUUACAAGGAAGCAGUCCGUUACAGUUCUUACGAUGAAGUUGAGGAUGUAAAGUUGAAAAGGCAGGAGAGCUGUCAGCCGGUGAGAUCUUCGGACUUAAAUAUAUAUAAGGAAGAUGAAUUUGAAUGCGGAGUCUUUUUGUCACAUUUACCUGAGGAGAUAAUGAAUGAGAAGCAAAACCGUGAUAUGAAGGAACGGAAAUAUGUCAAUGUUCAAAGUGAUAAUGGGGCAUUGAAUCAGUUGAUGUCAUCAGAUAUCCAGUCAAUGUCAAAGCAAAGGAAGACAAUACUGUAUUUGGGUCCAGAGCCACGUAACGGACAGACUAUCCAACAAAUUGCAUAUCACGAUCCGGCUGUGGGGUGCCCAGGCCUUGCUAGUGAAGUGGACAAUGAAGUUAGUGUUUAUGACAACGAAGACAAUGUUAUUCCCCGCCAAAAGAAAUACCAAUGCGCGAACUGUUUUCAAAUAUUUGACCAAAUAUCUGAGUUUCGCGAACACAUGGGCAACCACACUGGGGUCAAGUACAAUCGCCAUCAGAAGUCGGAUGCUGACGAGGCUGUUAAGUACAUUUGCACCGAAUGUGGCAAAACCUUAAAGAAUCGUGAGAAGUUCGACACUCAUUGCCUUGGUCACGGCGAUCCGGAACUAGAAUGCAAUAAAUGUCACAAAGUAUUCGCAUCAAAAUUCACUCUCCGUGUUCACCGUAAGAUCCACAAUCGCAAAUUCCCUUGCAAACAUUGCACAAGAUCUUAUUCCCACCUCGAAGAUAUGCGGGCACACAUGAUCAAGAAACACUUUAUGUUUAUUUGCGACCACUGCGAAUAUAUGACCGAGGAUUACGCGGAUCUAAAAACCCAUCAGCAGUCACACGAAAGUGUUUAUAUGGCUUCCAGCGAAACAGAACUAGAUCACUCGUUAUUCGAUGACGUUACGAACGACAGCGAUAUUAUACAUCCGUCUGACCGCGAUUGGAAGUUCGAACGUAUUGAAAAUUUCACCCCGAACGAUAUGGACCAGGAGCACCAAGACAGUGUAGAUGAUUUUAGGGAUGAUGAGACAGAUAUCAUAAUACGGGAUCCUAGAGAUAUUCAUGAUUCUGAAGACAUCCAAGGUGAAAAACAGGAUGAAACUGAUGAAGCCCACGAGGCAUGCUAUGACAAUCGGAGUGGCGAUUCGGUGAUAGCUAAAGUGAUGUCCAAUAAAGCUUUUCUGGGUAAGAAGACUGCGAAAAACAGGAGGUAUAGCAAGGUGUGCAACGUCUGCGGCAAAAGCUUCGACAGGAUAAGCGACCUUAAGCGUCACCUAAUAGAGCACGUGGUCCGGGUCACUUUGGCCAAGAGUCCAGUCAACAAAUCCGGCAUACUCAACCUACAGUGCGAAGUCUGCAACGCGUCCUUCAACUUCGUAGACAGGUACAAAGCUCACUUACGAGAACACGCGAAACUAACUAUAUACAAAUGUACGUUCUGCAACAAAUCCUUUAGCGACUCGUCAAACUUUUCUAAGCACAAAAAAAUUCACGGCGCGAUCUACUUCCAAUGCGAUAUAUGCCAACGUAAAUUCAACUCUAAAAAAAUGCUCAUAAGGCACAUCGAUUACCAUAACACAAAUAACCCUAUUCCUUGCAUGUAUUGCGACAGGGAGUUUCAUUUUGAAUCUAUGUUAAAUAAACACGUAAAGAGUGCGCACACAAAAGAGAUCUGCAGUAAAUUUAGGUGUCGGUUUUGUUUUAAUUAUUAUAAGACUUUGAAGGAGAAGUGGGACCACGAAUGGUUAGUUCACAAUGUAAGAAAGAUGGUUGUAGAUUGUUUGAUUUGUGACAGUAAGUUUAGGAAGUAUGCGGAAUUGAAAAGACACUGUUCCGAUAUACAUAGAAUUGAAAUUCCGCCGGCAAAGCGAUUGUUGAAAACGAAAAAGAAGAAGUAAACAUUUUUUAUUUAAAAUCAUUUAUAAAAACGCCAUAUUUAUAUAUUCUUUAAGUUACAAUUAUGUUAAGAAAAACUAUUUUUUUUAUAUACAUAUGUAACGUUAUCUUUGUGAUCUCUAUAAAUUAUCUUGCGAGAGCUAGAAUUUUGAAAAGAUAUAAAAGUAUGAAAAAGGCUGUGGAUUUGUGAUUUUUUUUCGUCUAUAAGAAUAUGGGAUGUAGGUAAAUAUACAUAAGGACUGAAAUUGAAUUUCACCAAAAGUUUUUACAUUUGUUUUCGUAUUUAUUAUUUUGUUUAGGUGUUGAUCAUUCAUACUUUGUUUUUCAUGAUCGUUUAUAAAAAACUUAACUGUAUAAUUUGUUUACCAUCGAUUUCUAAUUACAAUCACGGAUCAGGUAGUUAUUAUACACCGUAUCGAUAUUA